GCCAGAAGCGCAGGUGGGGAGGGGGAAUGAGCCCCGCGCCCGGAGGAGGGGAGUGCGCGUGCGCGCGGGCCGGAAUGCGCAAGCGUGAUCCCUAGUGCCCAGAUCGCUGCCCGCUCUUGCCAGCGUGGGUGUGUGGCCCCGCGCCCCCUCCGUGUCUCUCUCUCUUCCUGUGCCUGUCUCCGUCUCCGCGGGGCUUUCUGUCGCUCACUGCCCGGGCCGGCACGCGCGGUGCCCCGCUGGGGGGCCGGGGUCCGAACCCAGAGCCUGCCGCCCGAGCCCAGCCGGGUCUCCUGGAGGCUGACGCCGCUGUCCCUGGUCUGGCGGGGAGGGAGGCGGCGGCGGCCCUGUCCCGUCCCCGGGAUCCGGCGCCCGCGGGGACCGCGCCCCGCUCGGCGAGAUGGACCCGGGCCCCGCCUCCGAGCAGCGGCCGACGGGAAAGCGAGGCCCUCCGGCCCGGGGGAGGGGCCGGCCCCGCAAGCUGUGCGAGCCCCGAGAUUCUGCUGCCCCUCAAAAGACAAGCCAAGCCCGGCCUGAGGAGGGAACGACCGCUGGGCUGCGGAAAUCCGCCAGGGCCCUGGAGUCCAUGACCUUCCAGGAUGUGACUGUAGACUUUACCCAGAAGGAAUGGAGGCAGCUGACGAGAGACCAGAAGAGCCUGUACCGGGAGGUGAUGCUGGAAAACUAUGAGAACUUUGUUUCCCUGGGACUUCCCAUCUCCAAGCCAGAACUGAUCUUGAAGCUACAAGGUGGGGGAGGUCCAUGGACACUGUUGGAGGGAGAACCCAGAAGCCCCUGUCCAGAUCGGGAGACUCAAUCAGAGACGAAGAAGAUAAUCCCAAUACAGUGCACUUCCCUUGAAGACACAACCCAGGAAAAACUCACAAAGGGUGAUCCCUGGGAUUGUAAAUUUGAUGAAGAUGGAAACUGUAAAAACAACUCUGACAGAUGUGAAACUAACAACUAUGAGAGAGAUCUGAUGCAAGGAACUCAGGAUAAAAUUUUUAAUAAGGUCAAGGACUACAAAAUUAAUGAGUUCAUGAAAAGUUUUGAUCAAAAGUCAAUCCUUGAUACACAAAGCAAUGUUUCUUCAGAAACGAGUCUUUGUAAAUCUGAUAGUUCAGAUUUGAGUGAUCAUAAUGGAAUCUCCUCAGGAAAGAAACCCCAUAAGGACAAUGGAUGCAGUAAAGCCUGCAGUGACUCCUCAGACCUUAAUGAAGAUCAAAAAACAUGUACUGAAAUUGGCAGUGCUCUUCAACAGAGGAGAUACCUUGCUCAGUGUCACAGAAAUCAUUCCUGUGAGAAACCAUACAUCUGUAGAGAUUGUGGAAAAACCUUCAGUCAGAUCACACACCUUAUUGAGCAUCAGGGAAUUCAUGAUGGAGAGAGACCCUAUAAAUGUAGUGACUGUGGAAAAGCUUUCACCAAUAGUUCAUCGCUGAUUCUACAUCAUAUAAUUCACAGUGGAGAUAAACCCUAUGAAUGUCAUGAAUGUAGGAAGCUCUUCAGCAAUAGAACAGGACUAUUUGUACAUCUGAGAAUUCAUACUGGAGAGAAACCCUUUCAGUGUAACAUAUGUAAAAAAGCUUUCAGCCAAAAAGGUGACCUUUCUCGACACCAGAAAGUUCAUACGGGAGAGAAACCUUAUAAGUGUAACGUAUGUGGAAAAGCUUUUAGCCAGCAAGGACAUCUUACUGCACAUCAGCGAAUCCACAAUGGAGAAAAACCCUAUAAGUGUAAUGAAUGUGGAAAAGCAUUCAGCAAUAGCUCAUCCCUUAUUCUACAUCACAGAAUUCAUAGUGGAGAGAAACCCUAUGAAUGUCAUGAAUGUGGAAAGCCUUUCAGUAAUCAUGCAGGCCUCAUUGUACAUCAAAGAAUUCAUACUGGUGAGAAACCCUAUAAGUGUAAUGUAUGUGAAAAAGCCUUUAGCCAGAAAGGUCAUCUUUCUGAACAUCAGAGAAUUCAUACUAGAGAGAAACCCUAUAGUUGCAAUAUAUGCAAGAAGGCUUUUAGCCAGAGAGGAGAUCUUUUUCGACAUCAAAAAAUUCAUAAUGGAGAGAAACCUUAUGAUUGUACUGAAUGUGGAAAAGCUUUCAGUCAGAAGGGAGACCUUACUAAGCAUCAAAGAAUUCAUAGCGGUGAGAAACCUUAUAAAUGUAACAAAUGUGGUAAAGCCUUUAGCAUCAGCUCCCAGCUCAAUAUGCAUGAAAGAAUUCAUACUGGAGAGAAGCCCUAUAAAUGUAAUCUAUGUGAAAAAGCCUUCAUCCAAAAAGGACGUCUUACUGAACAUUACAGAAUUCAUAAUGGAGAAAAACCUCACAAAUGUACUGAAUGUGGAAAGGCAUUCAGCCAAAUUACAUACUUGAGUCGGCAUGAGAGAAUUCAUACUGGAGAGAAACCAUAUAAAUGCAGUGAAUGUGAGAAGGCCUUCAGCAAUAGCUCAGCACUCAAUGUACAUCAGAAAAUUCAUACUGGUGUGAAGCCCCAUGUAUGUCUUGAAUGUGGGAAGGCCUUCCUCCAAGGUAUAGGCCUUAGUUUACAUCAGAGAAUUCACACUGGAGAAAAACCAUAUAAAUGUGACAUAUGUGAAAAGGCGUUCAGCCAGCGGGGAGACCUUUCUAGGCAUCAGAAAAUCCAUAACGGAGAGAAACCCUAUAAAUGUAGUGAUUGUGGAAAAGCUUUCACUCAGAGGGGACACCUUACUGAACAUCAGAGAGUCCAUAGUGGGGAGAAACCAUAUAAAUGUAAAGAUUGUGGUAAAGCUUUUAGCAACAGCUCACAGGUCACUCUCCAUUACCGAAUACAUACGGGAGAGAAGCCUUACAAAUGUAAUGAAUGUGGACAAGCCUUUAGUCGUCCAGGGAGCCUUAGUGAACAUCAGAAAAUUCAUUCUGUGGAGAAACCUUAUAAAUGUAGUGAAUGUGGGAAAGCCUUCAGCCGCAAUCUGUACCUUAGCCGUCAUCAAACAGUUCAUACUGGAGAAAAGUGCUAUCCUUGCAAUGAAUGUAGUAAAGCCUUUCGAAAUGGCCACUGUCUUACUCUACAUCAGAGAAUUCAUAGUGGAGAAAAACCCUAUCAAUGUAGUGAAUGUGGGAAAGCUUUUGGCAGGAAACUAUACCUAACUCAACAUCAGAGAAUACAUAGUGGUGAGAAACCUUAUGAAUGUACUACAUGUGGUAAAGCCUUCACUCGGUGUACAACACUUAUUCAGCAUCAUAAAAUUCAUACUAGAAAUAAACCCUAGAAAUUUAAGUUAGAUAUAUACUCUUAAACAUUACCUACAAACUUUUCAAUCAAAUUACUGUGGUACUGGACCAAGAGUAAAAAGACAGAUGGUGAUACCAUCUAUCUAAUAAAAAAUAAGAGGGAAAAAGAUUAGUGUUUUAUAAACUUAAAGUAGCAAGAAAAAAUGUAUUUGAUAAAUUUACUUGGGGAAAUUGAUUAGCAACAUAGCAGAAAAUGGACUUAGAACUACAUCUCAAGACUCCUCCUGAUCUGUUGCCUCAAAUAUAUAUGUAAAAUGAACUAAAAGUAGGGAGAGGGAUAAAACAGGAUUGUGCAGUUAUUUCAAUUGUAGAAUUAAGAAAAUGUUCUAUUAAAUAAUUACAAAGAUCAAGUUAAGAUGUAUUUGAGGAUAAAAAAAUAGAAAAGUAUGAAAGCAAUAUAGCCCAAGUUAAAGUUGAUAUUAAAUAUUAUUGAUAAAUAUGAAAAGAACAAAAUCUACAAAGGUAGGUCUUGGUAAACAAUGGAUAAAUGGUCAGUAGGUGUGAAGAGAUAAUUAUCAAAUUGCUAAUAACAUGGAAAGUAUUUUGUCUGUCAAAAUUAUAUAUGUUGAAGCACCAGCCCUGAAGUCAGGAGGACCGGAGUUCAAAUGUGAACUCAGAUACUUAACACUUCUUAGCUGUGUGACCCUGGGCAAGUCACU